GGUGAUCUGAUGUAGGGAAAGGAAAAGGUUGGGAGGUAGAGUGUGGUGAAGUAUCCAGCGCAUUGUAUGUGUGAGAAAGUACAAUCUGUAGCUGACCUAAGUGUGGAGUGGGUACUACUUCGUUUCCCAGUAAGGAGAGUGUGUGAGUGACUGAGUGGAUACUUCACAGGCCCAUACAAUGGGAGUUGGAGGUUCAAAGGGGGAAAUACACCUCUUGAAUGUAUGUUAAAUAAUUUUAAGAAAGCCUUCUCAGGAGCAUAUGGAGUCAAAAUGACGCCAGAGCGCCUGAGAACGUUAUGUGAAUUAGACUGGCCGAAACAAAAUACUGAAUGGCCAUCUCAGGGAACCUUUGAUAUAAAUUUAGUAAGCAAACUUUGGUCUAACAUCGCCAAAGAAACUGGAGGGUGCCCAGAACAAUUUUCAUAUAUAGAUUCUUGGCUGAGCACAUUAAAUAAAAAUCCUCCAUGGAUAAGGGAAUGCGAAGUCCAACGAUGCAAAUUAUUGGCUGUAAAAGCCGAAGCUAGGAAAGGAAUCUUGCCAAAUAAACUCAAACCCAUUUUUGAGGGACCAGAGGAAGAGGUGCUUCCACCUCCACCCUAUGCUCCACAUCGAGGGGAGCCUAAUCCAAACACUCCACUAGUUGUAACCCCAAGGCAAGAAAGUGGAAUGAAUAAUGGGGCUGGAGUCACAGAGCUUGAUUCCUUGAUAGAUUAUGAUAAAUAUCUUCAGGAGGCAUUGGAGUCCUAUAAUAAAGCCCAAGCAGAAGUGGUUAUUCCACCUGUGAGUCCCAGUAGAACUCCAUCUACAGUCUCCUUUAGUGGACCAACUAAUUGCCCACCCCAAACCCCUGUACAUCCAAGUCCUAGAGAAUUAUUACAGAAGUUACAGGGAGACCUUGAUCGGUCAGCAAGCAAUACAGCCAGGCGUAUAAAGCUGCUAAAAGAACGCCUUGGGACAGAUACCAUCCCCUAUGAUUUGAGGCCCCUAGAGCAAAGCGAAGAGAAAGGUCACGUAGUAGCCCCUCUUAGAAGAGUAUUUGAUGCACUUGAGGAGCCUGUGCUGGUUAACGGGCAACCCGGACCACAGCCACCUCGAACUUCGACCCUCCAGUACAUUCCAUUCACAACUACGGAUCUGAUGAAUUGGAAAACACACACCCCAUCUUUCGCAGAAAAACCUCAGGCUAUGAUGGACUUGGUGACUUCAAUAGUAAAUAUCUCUUCACCACUGAGGAAAGGAGAGACAUAAUUGAAAAGGCACAGAUAUAUUUGCAUGAGCAGGCCAGAAUGGGAAAUAUUUUUAAUAUUGACCGUCAUCUCCAGGACAACUUUCCCUUGGAAGAUCCUAAUUGGGAUCCAAACAAUGCAAUUCACCUGGCCAGGCUUACCACCUACCGCCAGACGCUUGUGCAAGGUAUCCGCAGGGCAUGCCAGAAGCCCACUAAUAUGUUUAAAGUCU